AUGACAGAAUUAGAUUUUGAAGGGUUUAAUAUGUUUGAAGAGCCAGAAGGCUUUCGUCCUUCUACUCCUCCCCCCAAAACGGUUCUUCAUGAGCGAAAGACUUGUCCUAGUGGACCAAAAGAAGUUGAACUACAACUCGUAGGAUCCCAUUCUCUAUGGGCGCACUACUUGUGGAAUAGUGGUAUCGUGCUAUCAAAUUUCAUCGAUGCCCAUCCGGAAAUUGUUCAGGGAAAGGUUGUUUUGGAGUUUGGAGCAGGUGCUGGCUUGCCCUCUGUUGUAUCAGCUUUCGAUGGCGCCAAACAUGUUGUGUGCUCAGACUAUCCAGAUCUCCCUCUUAUUCAAAAUCUUGAACAAAAUAUGAAAAGAUAUCAAGAAAUUGAAGGUAAGGCAUCUGCUGUGGGUUAUUUAUGGGGAUCCGAUGUUCAAGACCUGCGAAAUUAUGGUGGUCUUUCACAGGGUCAAUAUUUUGAUGUUUUACUGCUGUCAGAUUUGGUAUUCAACCACACUGAACAAGCAAAAUUAGUCCGUUCCUGCAAAGCAGCCAUGGGUGAUAAUAAGAAUGCAAUUGCUUAUGUGUUUUUCACUCACCAUCGCCCUCAUUUCGCUAAUAAGGACCUGCUUUUUUUUGAUAUUGCAAAAGAGCAUGGGUUUGAGGUAGAAAAAAUAGUAGAGGAGAAAAGGGACCCCAUGUUUGAGCAUGAUCAGGGCGCCCGUGAAGUUCGUGCUACUGUUCAUGGCUAUACAAUGCGUUUACUUCACGGGUAA